UAGUCAUAACUUGAUCGAAGAGAGAAUGAUCGUGUAGACUUAUAUGAUGUACGGCUUGUAUGCAGGUGAUAUUGAACUGUUUAUCAUUGGAAAGUACGAGCAACUUAUUCAAAUUCCAAAGGGUGUGUUUUUGUCGCCUGGGACUAUAAAUAUCAAUGGUUGUGGGUGAGGAUAGCUGAGAAAUUAAAUGUCAGAGGAGCAAAGUUUAAAAUUUGGCCAUGACCGACGAUAGCGAGAAACCCACAGCAACAGAUGGCAUUAUAAACGACGAAAGUCAAGUUGAUCCCAACACACCGACAAUCGAGAUCUCCCAGCACAAUGACAAGGUUAAACACAGAGUACGCGUGCAGAAGAAAAAUGGCAGAUAUUAUUUCCAGCACCCUUAUGCAAGACUAUUUGUUUCCUACUUUGUGAUUUUUUGCAACUUUCUGAUAUAUGCUGAGGAUCCUGUUUCACACAGCAGAGCAAAUUGUACCAUUCCUGUUAUUGGGAAUGACUUUGCUUUUGUCACAUACAGGUACCCUCCAGGGGGGUGGUCUCUUCUGAAGGUAUUUCUGUGGCUUGUGGCAAUUGUGGUUGGAUCACUAGCAGGCAAGUUCUUUUUCCACAAACUGGUGUUCAACAGAUGGAUGAAACUUUCCAUGUUCAAACGUGACAGUGGCUCGUGGAUGGUGAUGUUCUUGUCAACUUUAGUCUCAUUGUUUAUUUUCUCCUUUCUCUACAAUGGAUUCCUCAGCAUUGAGGGUGACAAGCUAUCCUUGUAUAAGAUAACUUCAUACCUAGGACUGCAGAAUGACACCUUCAUGAAGGCAGCUGGAUUGGGCACAUGGAUGGGUGAUUUCAUCACAGCAUGGAUGGUAACAGACAUGAUGCUUCAGGACAAGUUGUAUCCACACUGGAACAAACGUUUGAGGGAGAUUUGGAGAACUGGAUACACACGAAUCUAUUUGUUCUGGAUUGUGCUUGUUGUUGCCACGGCAGUUGUCGCCGCUGGAAUAAUAAGCGACUUUGUUAGGUGGGAUACUCUCAACAGAGACUUUGUCUCCACCAAUGAACUCUCUCGAGCCUUUCUGGCGUCUUUCAUCCUUGUUAUGGACCUGCUGAUUGUCAUGCAGGACUGGGAGUUCCCUAGUUUUCAAGGGUCCAUGGACGUCAAACUCCCUGGGGUGGACACAGCUUCCUUCUACUUCCGCUUGCCCCGGUGUCUGAAGAAGGAGAACUGGCACGUUCACAUAACAGGAAAAUGGUUCAACUAUGGCAUCAUCAUGCUUGUAAUUAUUCUAGACUUAAACAUGUGGAAAAACCAGAUCUUUUACAGUCCUUUCGACUUUGGUCAGUAUACGGAUUCCGAAGGGUACAUUUUCUCCGUCGUCGACGAAAAAUUCUUAGAAACUGCCAACAAAAGCACUCUUUCAUACGAGUGGAGAUCAAGUAACCUGAACCCAGCUACGAAUGAAUCUUACACAACAACAGAUCCUCGUAUGAACUCAAAAUACCUUGGGUUUGGCUUGGGAGUGAAAGGAAUUGCCUUCAUUCCUUCCAUUGUGGCGUUCAUCACGUUUGGUUGUCUAAUUUGGUUCUAUGGUCGAGAAAAGUUUGUGGUUGAAGAAGUUAUUGAGGAUUUAGAUAAAGUUGACGGUGUGGUCAUUGAAGAAGUUGAUUUUGAGAUCGAACCCGACCAAAAUGUUUCCCACAAAUCGCCCAACGGGAAUACUAGCCAUAAUGACACCAAGGAUGGAGGAGCGUCGUCAGAGCUUCCAGCUAACCAGGAAGAAGGAGAUCCGAUACUUCUUAAUGUUCAACAAAUCACUUAUGUGUAAAUCAUAUACAAACUGCCUGCUGCUGAAAGCAUGAAUUGUAGCCCAAUGAUGCAUUGUUGGAGAAUUUGGAGGGGAUCAUUCCCUCAUUCUUUCAAACUAGUUGCACGAAAUGUUCUAUCAUUUUUGCUUUUAUUGUUAUUCCAUAGCUUAUAAUGUAAAUUAAAGCUUUUGCAAAACGUAUUUCAAGGCUCAGAGAGCAUCAAAGUCGCUGCAUUUAGAUAAAACACAUUAUUUCGCAGCUCUUGUUGAGUUAUAAAUUAUUUUAAUGCGUAAUUCUAAGGCUAUCACGACUUGAAAAGCGCUGUGUUUUAAAACUCGUUUUUUUAAAGUAAAGUACAUGAAGCUCCUGUGUGCCACUUAACGGUUUAUAUAGAUGCGAUAUUUUAAUUUUGGGGUUUGCCACAAACACAACCCGCUCGUCUUAAAAAAAAAAUCCUAUAUUAAGUGCAUGUCAUGCAAAGCAACGAUUUGUCAGACGUAAUACUUAAACUCAAUUACACCUACGUUUCUUUAAAAAUUCUAACCGUGAUAUGCUAAGCGGAAGGGUGUCAAGGAAAAAUCUAAAUUCAAAUUGCGGAUCUUUAAUUGUCCUACAGUUAUUUAUCCUGCUUCCAUAUACUUGCUGGUUGCUUUGUUGCAAGUUGUCCUCGUAAUUUUAAAACUUAAGUUGUUAUAACAGUUAUGAAUAUGGAAUGUAUAAAGCUGUUCUUUCAUUUAAGGAAUUUACUUUUUGUCAAAAUUAACAGCGCCAGGUUAAUUUUUCCUGAUAUUGUUUGUUAUUUCGUGUUUUCGUUAAAAAACGACCGCGUAAUUUUUAAAACUUGCUUUUUAUGCGUGUAAUUUUUAUAGUUAAAUGCUUUUCAAUGGCGUAUGAAAAGGUACAGAAUAAGCGUUGCUAACACUUUUUGAAUUAUAAUAUUUAUCAAUGUUUUAUAGCGAGUCUUCUUUGAGUAAUGAGGGCCAGACUUGUUGAGGACAUUGGCUAUUAUUAGCUUUGCGCUACCAUGUAACACUUAGCUGAUAUUUUGUUAAUAACAAAUAUAAGGCAAUGGUUAUUGUACUGAAUAUGUGAUUUUAAAAAUCUGAAACUGAAUGAAGAGUCU